AUGACAUCAGCACAAACCUCGCCAGCACGCGCGACAGACGCGUCGGCAAAGCCUCGACCAAAGCUGCUAGCAGCUCUACGCAAACCUGCCGUGGAUUCUUCAGAGAGCGAAGCCGAAUCUGACAAUGAAGUGUCCGCAUCUGAAGACGAUGCGACGCCCACAAUCAGCGCAAAGCCAGUCACAACAGCACGCCCUCGACCGGAUAUCGAGCAGACUAAUGAGGAAGAAGAGAGCGAUGGGGAAGACGCAUACGAACUUAUGAAGAAACGACUAGCUGCCAAUAAGAACUCCUCAUCAUUAAAAUCGGCAGCUCCACAAGAAGCACAACAGGAAACGCCAAUUCUUGCUACAAUUGAAAGUAGCGAAGAUGAGGACGCGAUGCCUGUACGAGCGAACAUCCGCAAACCAGCCACAACCCGGACGAAGACAGCAAGCCUUCAAGCGUCUGCAUCACCAACCGUACGAUCACGACGAUCAUCGCCGGGGCUCUUUGUCACGCCAGACCCGUCACCAGCGAAGAAGCCAUCGCGACGAUCACCGAAUGCUGGUUCAGAGUCAGACGAAUCUUCACAUCCCCUGCACAAUGCCGAUCUGCAAGAGCGAGUGCGACGGAUUCGAGAGGAAAGACUGGCGAAGCAACAGGAGGAGGAAGCACAACAAACCAAGCCCAAGAAGAUUGCACGGCGGCCAGCGGAUCAGGGUUCAGGCACCGAGUCAGAUGGCGAGGGGGGUAGGCGGCUCACACAACAUGCUAAGCCAACUCGCAGGGCUGGCAAAAAGGCUAUGGAGGCGAUGGCGCGGGACCAGCAGCGCAUAAGCCGUAACAUGCAGCUUACCCACCAAGCCAAAACGAAGAAGCGCUUCACGACACAGGAUCUGUUCAAGAAGUUCAACUAUCAAGCGCCUGGCGCCGAAGUGGUAACCCUCCCCACACCAGAACCCAGCUCAGCAUUGGCAUCCUCUGACGCAGAGGCGAACCAGAUACAUGACACGCCGCCAACAAGUCCGCCCAGACAAAAUGCUCCGGACGAGAAGGAUAUUCCAUUAGAUCAACAAACUUCUAUUACAGCGGCAGACGACAAAGCACAAUCACCCGAGUCCGUCAAGCUCGACAAGGGUAAAGGGCGAGCACCUGAGUUUCAACAUCUGCCAGUGCAUCCUUGGAUGAAACAGACCGAGCCAGUGACUGUGGGCAAAGCUGUGGUAGAUAUUCACAAGGCUGCGGACAACGACAUGGUGGAGCUCUCUGAUUCGGAUGACGAUCUACAGGUAGAGAAGCCUAAGAGUAGAUUCCCUGUCUUUGAUCGGUUACCUACGAAGAAGGACCACGAGGCCGGAUCGCUAGUACAUCUUCGUGCUCUUGCUCAAUUGGUGAAAUCACCACCGAAGAGCAAGAAGGGACAGAAGAUAGUGACUCGUCUUGAGAUGGAGUUUUCGCUGGCCCAGAAGGCUCGCCAGCAAACGGCAAAAGCCAAAGAAGAGAGGAUAGCCGACCUGAUCAGGCGAGGCCAUAACCCCGAGACCGAAGAGGAGAGGGAGAAGCGCCAGGAAGAAAUCGACGACAUGGUGGCAAUGCUUGAGAAGCAAAGGCAAGAGGACCUUGAGCUAGCCAAGAUGGAGAGAAAGGAGGCGAAGAAAAACGGCGAGACCAUUGAUGAUCUCCCAUCCAGCGACGAGGACGACGGCGACUACGUUGGUAGUGAUGAGGAAGAUGCCAACCCGGGGGAGAACGAUGACCAGGAAGAUGCUGAACUCGUUCUCUCGGGCUCCGAAGAUGAGCAAAUCGAAGACGAUGGCGAAGACGAAGCAAGCAACCCAGAUGACGCGGAUCCUCUCAUCGAUGGAAUGGCUGACGAAGACGAUGAGCCAGCGGAGAAGGUACAAGCUCAACAAGACGAUACCGAUGCCGAUAUGGAUGACGACGACGCGGUUGCGCCAGUCCGCAGACAAAUGGUGAAUCGUGCUCGCAAUCGAGUCAUCGAUGAAGACGAUGAAGAUGGCGAUGCUGGGGUGCCUAGGCCUGCCACGCCCACUCAACCAGCAACUCAAAACGACGCAAUGGCCGCUUUUGGUUUUGGCAACGCCAACGCUGGAAUAGGGCUCACACAGAUGUUUGCAGGCACUAUGGCCGAGUUGGAGUCCGACUCACAGCCUGCUACCGCCGUUAACACUGAGCAAGAUUCUUUGGACUUCCUAAGGAACCUGCCUGAUACUCAACCUGGCGCAAACUUUAGCCAAGCUUCAGAAUUCCUGGUUCCCAACAGUCAGUCUCUGGUGUCUCCACAAAAGAAUGCACAGGCUGGUGAUGAGUCUCAGUUCAGCAUGGGAAUAGGCCAAGUAGUCAAUACCUCCCCACAGUUUUCGCGAACGCAGGUCGAGGACUUCGAGCCUACCCAGGAUGCAGGCUUCUCCUUCUCUCGGUCGCCAGCAGGCCUUGUCCUGCCCCCAUCCACAGUCGAUACCGUCAUGAUGCCCGUUGCUGAAUCACCGAUCAAGCAAAAGGGCAAGCUCCAGCGUGGACGACGAGGGGCAGCUGUUGAGCUCUCUGACGUUGAAGACGACCUAGUCGAUGCUGAGGAAGAGAGCGAGGACGACAUCCAACGCCCUCCUAAGCAUAGCAAGAAUGCUUUCAGGAAGAUGCAGCAAGAAGCCAAGAAGGCGAAGGCGGUCGAAGAGUUCAAUAAGAAGAAGAGCAUGGCAAGGGAGGCUGUCAUGGAGCAAGCCGAGGAGUCUGAAGAUGAGUAUGCUGGACUUGGAGGAGCCAGUGACGAUGAAGAGGGCGAGGAAGACGAAGACCUCAAGGACAUGAUCGACCACAACGAUGUCAAGGUUGACGAGCGCCAGAUUGCCGCUUUCUACGCUGACAAGACGAAGAAGGACGACGAGAAGCAACUUGCCGAGCUCUACAAGAAGAUGCAGAGGAAGGGCGGUCUGCGCAGGGCUGGCGGCUACGAUGGUAUCGACAUGUCCGAUUCCGAAGACGAGGCCGAGUUGCGCCAGCGAAAGAAGCGCGCUGCAUUCCAAAAGCAGACUCACGCCUUGUUGCAAGACCAGAAAGUCAAGGCACUCGCUGACGACGACAAGAAGAAGGCAUUCUUCAACACACUAGCUGAUUUUGCCGACGAGGGCGAGUACGACUACCUCAACAUGCCCGAGAAAGAGUUGGACACGAACGACUCGCAGUCUCAAGAGAAUGUCCAAAGUGACGACAUAGCCAUUCCAGAUUCACAGGCCCAGUCUCAAAACCUGUCAACGCCAAACAGUCCACUUAAGCGCAAGUCUCAAGACUCGCAAAAGGAGAACCGACCACCUCCGCACAUGCGCCGCACAGCCGCAUCCGACAGCCUCGCCCGCAAGCCUCUGACUGCGGAUGAUGUCAGAGACUCUAUCUCGGAGCUCAUUGAAGACCCACGCAUCGUGAUACCAGACUCGCAGCUCUCCGACGCCGAAGAUGACCAAGAAGCUGCCUUUGUCCCAGCGUCGCGGAAACCCAUCAUCGACCGUCUGACCCUGAGUCGGCAAUCUACAGUCGACGAAUCUGUAGGCGGAGACUCCAAUGUAGCCUUCCAUGCUCCAACUCGCUCUGCUGCAACGCCAGGAUUCCGCGUUCCUUCGCUCAUACGUCAGGCGACUAGUAAUCUAUCUGUCAGCAGCGAACGGUCAGCAAGCAACAGUACUCCGAAAGAGAGUGCUGUGCGGAGAGGUGGUACUGGAAGGAGUAACAUUCACGCUCAGGCACGAGAGGCAGAGCGAAGAGCGUUGCUGGAGAAGAAGGAGGGAAAGAGGAAGGAAGCACUCCGGAAGAAGGUGGAAGGUGGAAGGAAACAGGGUAUGAGGAGUGUACUCAGCGAUCUUAGCGGUGGGUUUGAGUGA